AUGGCGCUGCUCCGGUGUGGGGAGUCUCGUCCCAGUUUCGGAGCGGUAAAUGGAGCCAGAGCAGUAACGGAGAUUCGCCCCUCCACCCUGUCCCGUUCCUCCAGCUGCCCCGUUAGCUCCCGGCUGUUCCGGCAUCACCCGGCGACAGGGCACGGGUGCAGUAAAAAAAAUCAUCCAGACAAAAGCAGGCGCUGUGCUUGGGGAACGUCAGGAUCCGCAACUUUUAUUUUGCGAACACGAUGGGCGCACAUUUUGCAGGAAACAACUUCCCAGUAUUUUGGCAUCGGAAAAGUGCGCUUCGUGCUUUGCACAUGCCCCGUCAGGUUGCUAAACCUUCAAGCGCCGGGAGCCGGAGGAACGGGAACAUGUGGAUGCUCAAUCCGUUUUCGGCAGAUGCUGGGUUCGGGACGGCGGCACUGCCGGCCGGGACACGGGCGGGCUGAGCCCGGCUGCUCACGCCGCCGCCCGCGGCUCUGCGUAAUCGUCCUCGAACGGAUGCAGGGAUACCCCCACUCUCCCGGAGACGGCUGCAGAGAGGCCAUGGGGAAGCGGUUGUUUGGAAAACGACUGGCAGCUCGGGGAUCGUUCCUCAGCGGAGAUGCACAUCUCCGCAUCCCGCCCGCCCCUCUUCCCUUUCCUGGCGCUCGGCGGGCACCGGACACCCGGGCCGGGCAAAGCUGCCCCGGGACGCUCCCGUUCUGAAAAAACGACCUUCGCUGAGAGGCUGAGCGUUGGAACCCGCUCGCCCGACGGGGCGGCGCGGCCCGGGAGCAGGCAGGGACCCCGCCGGAGAAGCCGGCAGCGCGGCCACUCCUCCGUUUCAUUACCGUGUCCCUCUGGAAAAGCAGCCUCCCCCCCCCGCCCCUCCACCGUGCCUUUACGUGGGCUGGAGUCUUUCCCGGAUCGGUUUUUUGGUGGAAGGAUUUUGAAGGCAAAAAAGGGCCGGGGUGGGGGCGGCGGGACCGGGGCGGGGGAAUGUGUGUGUGGAAACCGUAAUGAUUUACGACAAAAAGAUAAACUCAGGAAACGUCAACUCCAACGUCACAUUUGACUGGAGACAACACAAAGCUGUCGCUUUACUCGCAGUCCUUGGGGCACGGCCGGAGGCGGGGGCCGAGGCCCCACGGU